AUGGGGAAUUGUCAAACUGUAGAUGCUGCAGCACUAGUGAUCCAGCAUCCUAGUGGGAAGAUAGAGAGAUUGUAUUGGUCAGUGAGUGCAAGUUAUGUCAUGAAGGCUAAUCCUGGUCAUUAUGUAUCACUGAUCAUGCCAUUGCCACAAGGCGAAAAUUUUAAUAAUGAGGAGGAGAAGAAGAAGCCUGUGCUUUUCACUCGUGUUAAGUUGCUUAAGCCUGAUGAUACUCUCACUUUAGGCCAUGCUUAUAGGCUCAUCACAACUCAAGAGGUUGAGAAGGUACUGAAAGCAAAGAAGAGGAGGACACAUGGAAAGACAGAGGAGGGUGAGGAAAUGGUGGAGCUGGAGAAGGAAAGUUCAGCUUGUGAGAGUGAAGGGAUGUUGAACACAGGAAAGAUGUAUCAGGCUAUGAGAGCAGACAGACAGAGGCUAAAGGUAGCAGCACCUGUAAAUCCUGCAGCACCAAGACAAAAACCAUGGCGCCCGUCUUUACAAAGCAUCUCAGAGUUUUCCAUUUGA